AUGGCGCGGUUUCAGGACCUCCCUCCGGAACUGUUUGAUGACAUCCACAAACAUUGCGAUCCGGAAUCACGACUGAACCUUCUUCAAGUAUCCCACCAAUUCUAUGACUGGUUCAUCCAAUCUCAUCUGAAGCAUGUGAAGGUCAUGGGCCUUCAAAAAGGUGUCUCGGCAUCGCUCGCAGCACUGCUCGAGGGACACCCCAAUAAGAACCUCAGAUGCAUCCAGACGGUUUCGAUUAAGUUGAGAGACCCAUUUGGCCGGGGCUGGAACCUUUACAAUGAAGAUCGGCAAAUGAAAUACGUGGAUGAUGCACUCCUCCCACGUAUCGUCAGUCUUACUACACAUGCUACAGGGCUCAAGUUUCUCAUGUUGGAAGCUAAUGAGCUAACGCCCACACAAGACGAAAAGUUCCGCCAGAUGGUUGACCAGCCAGGCAAAUGGAUGAUCCGGACCUUGUCGAUCAAAUGUUCCGUCAAGACUACGCUGGCUUGCCUCGAUAAAUGCGAUCCCAUGUAUCUAACAGGAGUGGAACUUAAGUCUGAGGACCCAGAGGUGACGGAUCUAGCGAGCCCAUUCAACAUUUUGGGAGACGAGGGCAUCUUGACUCUAGAAUACAAUGCCUUGAAGGCCUUCUACAAAAUGCGAGACGACUCUAGGACACAAAGCCCUCUUCUCAAGAGGCUUCGCGUUCAAUACCACAAGCACUUCGAGUCUCCUGCGACAAUCGGGCUGGUCAAGGAAACAUUUGAUAAGGUCGCGUUCAUUACGAAAGAUUUUCCCAACCUCGAAUGGCUCAUUAUUCAAGAGGAAAAACCAAUCCGGCCAAUUUCUGGCUACACAGGAAGCGACCCUCAGGCUUGGGAGGACCUCUUCAAACAGUUCAUCACGAAACUCAAGGAAACUAAGCUCGUCAAAUUGGCACUCUAUAUCCCUUGGGGUCUCCUGGAAGCUUCGGCUGGGCCCAGAAGCGGUAGUUCAAGAGGGACAAUAGAUGUUCGGGUUCACUGUUGUUACUUGAAACUCGCUCAUCGACUUGUCGAGUCCGUCGAAGGGCUCAAAGAAGUCGCCAUCAUGUAUAAACACGACUAUGACUACGACUAUGGCUACGACUUCCGUCACCACUACAGGGCCAUACAGUCGGAGAAUGGGACAAUAAAUGUCAAACAAGUGAGAAACAAGUGUGAGCAGACGUUCUACAAGUUCCCUCAUGGACUUCUUGAUACCUGGGCUUAG